AAUGAAAAAAGUUCUACAGCCAAUGAAAGUGCCCGCGAUGUAUGCAGGUCGUGCCUCUUUCCUCCGUCUGCCCCUUUAAACACGCGGCAUGUCGCUGGGGGGCGUGGCCGACUCUCCACAGGUAGAGUAGAUCUCAGGUAUCUCACUCCAGCUCCUCAGUCUCGCCUGACGACACCCCUCUUUACAGGUUGCUCUCGUUUGUCCUUGAGAUUCUUUUUCCGGAGCUUUCUCAUUCCCCAGAAGACAUUAUCAAUGGUAUGUGGGGGGGGGGCCUGGCCUAGGGUCUGACUGAGCCUUCCGUGGGAUCAGAGACGCGCAUGUGGGUAAUUAUGAAGCUCCCUUUCGCUUGACACAUAAAUUUAUAGUUAUACGUAUGUUGUGCCGCCGGGGUGAAUUAAGGAGGUAGUGAAUUGCGAGAGAGACACGCACGCACGCACACACAUACAUGCGGGAAGAAAUGCCGGUGGUUAAAGUGGAGAAAGACCCAUCCCCGGAUGCCUCGGAGAUCUCUCUGUCGGCCAUCCACGCCUCCCCCGAGGAGCCCCAGCGAGGUCGUCGCCGGAAACGGCCGCUACAGCGGGGCAAGCCUCCCUACAGCUACAUUGCCCUCAUCUCGAUGGCGAUUGCCAAUGCCCCGGACCGCAGGCUCACGCUUGGAGGCAUCUACAAGUUCAUCACAGAGCGCUUCCCCUUCUACCGCGACAACUCCAAGAAAUGGCAGAACUCCAUCCGCCAUAACUUGACGCUCAACGACUGCUUCAUUAAGAUCCCACGGGAGCCCGGACGGCCCGGCAAGGGCAACUACUGGACUCUGGACCCUAACGCCGAGGACAUGUUCGAGAGCGGCAGUUUCCUGCGGCGGAGGAAACGCUUCAAGCGGUGCGACUUUACCACCUACUCGGCGUACGUACCUGAGCCCCCAGCUUUCGCCUCCGUGCAGAUCUCCAGAGCGGCUUACAGCGGCCCCGUCUAUUCGAACAUGACUGUGAGUCCGCCGUACAGCCAACAGGUGGCGCCCUCGUGCUACCCCUCCUCCCCGGCAGCUUUCGGCGCUGGCCAGUCUCGGAUGUUCAGCAUCAACACCAUCAUCGGGCACCACGGGGGCCUGGGUUCAGGAGCGGACCUCGUGCAGCAGCCCGGCCGAAGUUUUAGCCCCGACCUGGGCUCUGUGGGGAGCUCGUGCAGCCUGAGCAAUGUGGAUUUCCAGGCACAGGCCUGUGGUGGGGCCAUGCUAUCACGCUCAGCCAGUCACAUGGCAUUCCCAUACUCCGUCCCGAAUGGACACCUGUCCGUGCAGAGUGCGUAUCCGCAAGGCAGUAGCCAGAUCUACGGCACCACCAGUCGCCUGGGAAUUCCCAGUUCUCCCGGUGUCACCAGUGAUACGAUGGACCCCUAUGGGAGAAUGUCACCUGGCCAGCUGUCCUCUUUAGCUCCAUAUAACAACACAAGCACCAUACCUAGUGCCAGUAGUUACCUGAGACCCCCAACGUACACAGGUAACAUGGAGAGGUUCGUGUCUGCAGUGUGACGUCUGGGAAGAUAAUUGCUUGGCCUUGGGAAGCCAGUUUAGUGAAUUUGUUUUGUUUUUGUUUUUUUUUGGAGACGUGGCAUGUAUGUUACGUAAUGGUGAUGGAACAUUCUGGAGGGGGGACUCUUUAUUUUAUUCGCCAUGUAACCGCCGACGUGAAACGUGCUCCCAAGUUUCACAGAGUACAAAGGCGUGAGGCAAGCAAGAAGUUAGCAACUGGUUUUCAAAUACCAGUAGAUCUAAAAAAUUUGUCCUUUUAUACUCCAAACAUGGUGGAGCUCUGGAUUCCGAGAUCGUGCAAGUCCGUAAAAGGGGAGAAGGUUUUGGUAUCCUCUCAAGCGCUGUUGUUUGAUCACGCUGGGCUCGUCAGGCAGUUUCUGGAGGUGUUCUCUGGUGUUUGGUUGUAUGACAGUAUGCUUUUUGUACCGAAAUUAGGUCUGAGAUGUUUAUAUUAAACUUGUAUGAAAGUGAUUCAGCAGUUUUGGAUUUAGGUUUUCUGUACAUAUUUAUAUUUUACAAAGCUCUGUAAAUUAUUUCGACGCUUAUCUUAAAUGCAUUUUCAGGAACCUUUGUUUUGAAAGAUGUUCUGUCCUGUUAUUAUUGUGUAUGAUCAUGUAAUGAUUUUCAAAAAAGUGAAUUAGCUCCAGAAAUCCAGAAACCUUUUAAUAACCAUAAAAAGCUUUAUGCCUCACUUUGCAUGACUGUCCUCUGCACAUGAUGGUAGUUGUGCUUUUUUCAGUAUUAUUUAUCAGUUCCAGAAAUCCAGAAGUGUAUUCUGUAAGGAUAUAAUUGUGGUUAACAUUUUCUGCUCUGACAAAAGCAGAUUUAUUUUUUGAUACUAUGUAAUUGUGCUGUUAUCCAGACCAGCAUAGCACUGUGCUCAGUAUUAUAACUGUUCAAAAGGACACUCCCUUUAUUUCAAUAACAUUAGACUAAAACAAUUGGCUACAACUUUCGCAUAAGUUGCUGGAAAAUAAAUUUGAAUAACAUUUGGAAUUUAA